UUGUACAGCAUAUAUAAUAAUAAUAAUAAUAUAUAUAAACCCCCAUCCGUCCCAACACGCCACGACGUGUUCUUCUCAUUCCUCAUUGAAAAAGAAGAGUUGGUAGAGAGGAGUAGAAUGGGGACUAAGAAUGAGACAUCGUCGCUUGAAGAUCUGAUACAUAAGGCUGGCGGCUGCGCCGUCGUCGACGGAGGUUUCGCGACCCAACUGGAGAACCACGGUGCCGUCUUUAACGACCCUCUCUGGAGCGCUCUUUGCUUAAUCAAAGACCCUGAUCUCAUUAAACGGGUCCAUCUCGAGUAUCUUGAAGCUGGUGCAGAUAUACUCGUGACCUCUUCUUAUCAGGCAACCAUUCCUGGGUUUGUAUCUAAAGGACUUUCGGUUGAAGAAGGGGAGGAGUUGCUGAGGAAAAGCGUCAGAAUAGCUGCGGAAGCACGAGAUGAUUUCUGGGAUGAUGUUAAGGGAAGAGUUGCAGGACAUGGUUAUAACAGAGCUUUGGUAGCAGCUUCAAUUGGAAGCUAUGGGGCUUAUCUUGCGAAUGGGUCUGAAUACAGUGGAUCAUAUGGACCUGAUGUUAAUUUGGAAAAGCUGAAAGAUUUUCAUCGCCGGAGAUUGCAAGUUGUUGUUGAAGCAGGUUCGGAUAUACUGGCUUUUGAGACAAUCCCCAAUAAGAUGGAAGCUCAGGCAUGCAUGGAGUUGGUGGAGGAAGAAAAUGUGCAGAUUCCAUGUUGGAUAUGUUUCAGUUCCAUGGAUGGUGAGAAUGCACCAUCAGGAGAGAGCUUCAAGGAGAUUCUUGAUAUAUUAAAUCAGAGUGGAAAGAUAUCUGCUGUAGGAAUUAAUUGUGCACCGCCUCAAUUCAUUCAGGAUCUUGUCAAGAAAUUUAAAGUGUUGACUGAAAAGAUCAUAGUCGUGUACCCAAACAGCGGAGAAGUUUGGGAUGGAAAGGCUAAGAAAUGGCUUCCUUCAAAGUGUUUUGAUGAUGACAAAUUUGAGAUUUUCGCCACCAAAUGGCGUGAUGCAGGAGCAAAACUCAUUGGUGGUUGUUGUCGAACAACGCCUUGCACUAUCCAAACCAUUUCUAAUGUUGUAAAACCGAAACCUCCUCCUACAUCUUAAAUCUCCUCCUGUCCUCUCUUUCGGUAUGACUCUUGUGUUAGAGAAAAUUUUGUCAAUAUUAUAAAGUAUCUAGAACUAUUUUUGAAAAGUUUAUGGAGAGUAGCAAACAUCUGUGAAUUGAUGAUGGGUU